GCUCGGCUCCCUCCGCGCCCCCCCGGGGGUCCCGCGCAGCCACGAUGCCGCCGCAGGGCCCUGGCUCUUUGCUGCUGCUGGUCCUGGCGUCGAACUGCUGGCUGGGCUCGGCGCGGGGGCUCUUCCUCUUCGGCCAGCCCGAUUUCUCCUACAAGCGCAGCAACUGCAAGCCGAUCCCCGCCAACCUGCAGCUGUGCCACGGCAUCGAGUACCAGAACAUGCGGCUGCCCAACCUGCUGGGCCACGAGACCAUGAAGGAGGUGCUGGAGCAGGCGGGCGCCUGGAUCCCGCUGGUCAUGAAGCAGUGCCACCCCGACACCAAGAAGUUCCUGUGCUCGCUCUUCGCCCCCGUCUGCCUCGACGACCUGGACGAGACCAUCCAGCCGUGCCACUCGCUGUGCGUGCAGGUGAAGGACCGCUGCGCCCCGGUCAUGUCGGCCUUCGGCUUCCCCUGGCCCGACAUGCUGGAGUGCGAUCGCUUCCCGCAGGACAACGACCUCUGCAUCCCCCUGGCCAGCAGCGACCAUCUCCUGCCAGCCACCGAGGAAGCUCCCAAAGUAUGUGAGGCCUGCAAAACUAAAAACGAUGACGACAAUGACAUAAUGGAAACUCUCUGUAAGAAUGACUUCGCACUGAAAAUAAAAGUCAAGGAGAUCACCUACAUCAACAGAGAUACCAAAAUCAUUCUAGAGACCAAAAGCAAGACCAUUUACAAGCUGAACGGUGUGUCUGAAAGGGACCUGAAGAAAUCGGUGCUGUGGCUCAAAGACAGCUUGCAGUGUACCUGUGAGGAGAUGAACGACAUCAACGCCCCCUAUCUGGUCAUGGGACAGAAGCAGGGUGGGGAGCUGGUGAUCACCUCGGUGAAACGGUGGCAGAAGGGCCAGAGGGAGUUCAAGCGCAUCUCCCGCAGUAUCCGCAAGCUUCAGUGCUAGUGCCCGUGGCUCCGGCCGCCACGAGCCAGCCGGGCUGACCGGCCUGCCCCUCCGCCUGCCCCUACAGACUGCCCAGACACAGCUGCAUCUGCGCUGGCCACCCCCAGCCCAGGCACGCUCCCGUGCCCCUCACACAUGGCCACCUACAGCAUUUCUGAGUUACGAGACCCCAGGGGGCCUCAGGAAAGGAUAGUGGGUUUUCCCAUAAAGGAAAACCCCAGAUCUGUAGCAAUAUCCAGACUGGUUAAAACCAUCAAUAUUUUCAUGACAUUUUAAAGUAGCUGGGG